ACUGUGUCGAAAUGCACCCGUUUAAGCGGUCCCUUGAUAAAGAAAAUGCUUGAUUCUAUGGACAAUGUCCUCUUCGAUUGUGAUGGUGUCAUCUGGCGAGGGGAUCAGGCCAUCCCUGGCACCCCUGACAUUAUCAAUCUGCUAAAGAAGAAUGGAAAGAAAGUGUUUUUCGUCACCAACAACAACACUAAAGCUAGAAAGAUGUAUGCAGACAAACUGGCUUUGAUGGGAUUCAACGUGACAGAGGAUGAUGUGUUUGGAACGGUGUACUGCUCAGCAAUGUACCUCAAAAAGGUCUCCAAACUGCAUGGCAAAGUGUAUCUCAUAGGAAGCAAUGCAAUGAGGCAGGAACUAGAGAAGGUUGGGAUCCAGCAGACAGGGGUGGGGCCUGAUCCUAUAUCAGGUGUCCAGAUGGAUUGGGCCAACAUGCCACUGGACCCUGAGGUGAAGGCUGUGGUUGUUGGGUUUGAUGAACACUUCAGUUACAUGAAACUGAACAGAGCCCUGCAGUACCUCAACAAUCCUGACUGUCUACUGGUAGGAACCAACACUGACACCAGACUGCCCCUGGAAGAAGGCAAAGCUGUCCCCGGUAACGGCUGUAUCCUGAAGGCUGUGGAGACUGCAGCCCAGCGCCAGGCCCAGACUGUGAGCAAACCCAACCACAUCAUGUAUGACUGUGUGGCCAGCCAGUUCGGCUUGGACAGCCGCCGCUGCCUCAUGGUGGGGGACCGGCUGGACACAGACUUUCUUCUGGGGUCCAACUGUGGCCUGAAGACCCUGCUGACCCUGACCGGGGUGUCCACUGUGGCUGACGCUGAGGCCCAUCAGGAGAGUGGCUGUCCGGAGCGGCUGGGGCUGGUGCCUGACUACUACGUGGAGAGAAUUUCAGAACCCCUGCCUGCUCUACAAGGAUAA